UCCAACGUGGAGGCACUUGUUGAGGAGACUCAAAAGGGUUUGAAAAACUAGCCUGAUCCGAUUGGGGACAAUUUUUUGAUUUUCCAUUACCAGACAGAUCUGAACACAAAACCCUAGAUUUCUGAAUCCUCCAACCGCCCUAUAAACUGUGCAAUCGCCAUUGAUGAACACCUUCUCUGCGUAGAGCACAUAUCCUUUGUGUUUUCUUCUCUCCGUGGAGUCGUUGGCAAUGGCGGUUCCGGUGGUCAAGUUUCCGAUCUUCUAUGUGGUGAGGUUCAUCGGAAUCGCAGUGGCAUUUCUGGUACUGACGUGGACUCUGCAUUACAGGGGAGGAUUGGCUCUCAUCUCCGACGACAAGGACCUCAUCUUCAAUGUCCAUCCUGUUUUAAUGGUCAUUGGCCUUGUACUUUUGAAUGGUGAAGCCAUGUUGGCCUACAAAACGGUUUGUGGAACCAAAAGCUUCAAAAAGUUGGUUCAUCUGUCUUUGCAAUUCCUGGCUUUUUGCUUGAGCAUAAUUGGUGUAUGGGCUGCAUUAAAGUUUCACAAUGAUAAGGGCAUUGACAACUUCUACAGCCUGCAUUCAUGGUUGGGUCUUGCUUGCCUGUUCUUAUUUGGCGUCCAGUGGACUGCUGGAUUUGCAACCUAUUGGUACCCUGGUGGUUCAAGGAACAGCAGAGCUACCUUGUUGCCAUGGCAUGUAUUCUUUGGGGUUUAUGUUUAUGCCCUUGCUGUUGCUACAUGCACCACUGGUAUUCUGGAGAAAGCCACAUUUCUUCAAACCAACAAGGUAAUAUCACGUUACUCUGUCGAGGCAUUGUUAGUGAACUCUUUGGGCAUCUUGAUUGUUGUUCUAGGUUGUUUUGUUAUUCUUGCACUCAUCUCUCCAAUGAAUGGGAAAGGUGACACUCUCAGAGGACCAAAAGAGUAGAGCAUGAGUUUACCUGUUUGAAAUUCAAUCUUGACUAAGAGUUGUAUCUUCAACGGGCUUGUACUUGUACAGAUGUAAAUUUUUUUUUUUAUAGAGAGAGAGAGAGAAAGCGCGACAGAUGAAACUGAAUAAUGAAUAAUUUUUCCUUGAUUGGCUAUUUAUAGUUAAAUAGAUGAUAAUUUCGAUUUAUAACAGGUUGG